CUUGUUGGGGGGUGGGGGGCUGGGGGAAGCGCAACGUGAUCCCAAAGAAGGAUAGUUUCCAUUUCGUAGGAGCGGAGGGGCCACGAUCCCCCCCCAAAAAAACCCGGUGGUGGAGGAACCCCGCCCGGGGCUUUGCCUAAGAAAAUGUAGAUCCAGGUCCAAGGAUAUUGUUUGAUCGUAAGAUGUCUUCCACUCCGUCUGGGGUUUUAAAAGAAGACGAAGAAAGCAACCAGGGAAUGAAAAGAAGUUCUGGAUGUCUAAAGGGUCACGAUUCACAAACUGCAACCCUGUUGAAGGAAACCCCUCUUGAAAAUUUGCGUCUGGCAUCCCAGGCUGUUCUCGAAAGAGCCCAAAAACAAGGACGAUCCAGCUGUCCCAGAUGUAAGAGUUCUAGGAUGUUCUACUGCUACACGUGUUAUAUCCCAGUGGAAACGGUCCCUACUGGAGAAAUUCCUGUUGUGAAGCUUCCUUUGAAGAUCGACAUCAUUAAACAUCCCAACGAAACCGACGGCAAAAGUACCGCUGUGCAUGCUAAACUCUUGGCACCCGACAGUGUUACCAUUUACACCUAUCCUUGUAUUCCGGACUAUGAAGACACGAGGCAUGAAAUCGCCCUCAUUUUUCCAGGGCCGAAUUCCGUGGCCAUAAAUGACAUCCCUCGGUCUUUGCAAAAGAAAUGUCAGGGGCAAGUCAGUUGUGACGAGGAGGAUGAGUCACUGACUGAACCCGCUCUCAAGAAUGCAAGACUAGAACCGGGGACCGACCGCAACUUGGAUGCAGCCGAUUGGCACAGUGGGGGCAAGACCGGCCCGCUGAGUAAAAUCGUCUUCAUCGACAGCACCUGGAAUCAAACGAAAAAGAUCAUCACGGAUGAACGGCUUCAAGGACUGCUGCAAAUUGAACUGAAAUCAAGGAAAACCUGCUUCUGGCGUCAUCAGAAAGGAAAACCUGAUACAUACUUAUCGACCAUAGAAGCGAUUUAUUAUUUCUUAGUAGACUACCACAAGGAGGUCCUGAAAGAAAAAUAUGACGGGCAGUACGACAAUCUGCUGUUCUUCUUCGCGUUCAUGUACAGGCUGAUAAAAACUGCUAAGUCCUCGGUAGGCAAAGAGUGAGGCGUUCCUUCUGGUGAUUCCAUAAAACCCAAAGACUCACCACAGUCCUUCAAAAUGGGCCCAUUUGAGUUUGGAUGACAGAAAUUGCGCUGCACUGUGUCCAGGAUGCUAACAAAAGAGGCUCCUUUCCUUUAAACUUCAUCCUAAAUUCAAUCUCCAGCAAGUUUCCGACCAACUGCAGCGGGAGCUUUCGCCUAAACCAAAACGGAGCCCAUUGCCUCGAAAUAGAAAUGUUUUCCAUUUGCAAAGAGGCCAGCCUGUAAGUCUCAUUGCUCAGCUGUUUCAUUGUACAAGAAUGUGUUCUUGACGGUUGGGGAUGAUUUCAUCCUUCUUUCAAAAAAGGAUUAGAACAGUAUUUCUGUCGACACAAUACGUCAAAAAAAAAAUCAGGUGGAUGCCAAUGGUAGACAUGCUUGCAAUGAGUGUUUCUUUUUCAGAUUUUCGAGACGCCUGUGUUUCAAGAGGUUAUAUCAUUUUGGUACCCAGAAUAUUAAAUAUAGGAGAUUGAACUGUUCUUUGCUUGUUAGCAAUGUACAUCUCUUUGAAGUUUCUAUGCCAAAUUCAUUGAUACCAAGGGAUCAGCUGUCUUUUGUGUUUGUAACACACACCCCUUUUGUCCUGUUGAUAACCACUUACUUAGCUUGUUCUACUAAUUAAUAUUAAUCAAGUGUUGAUUAAAUGCUCCAAACGGCACAUAAAUAGCCCACAAAAUUCUGGCACCAGAAGGAGUUUCAUCAAAUGUUUAUCAGUUUUAUUUCCAGCUCCUUUCCUCUUUGAUGUCCGUUAUGAUGGUAUGGAUUAUGCCACGGGGAGGGGAGGGGAUCCGCUUUGGAGUGGAGAAAGAGUGGUUAGAUCUUAUUUGCAAAGUCUUCAGUGUUUGGAUCCCCAAUGGAUUUAGGUUGUGCUAGUAAAAUAAAAUGCUGGACUAUGA